AUGACUGAUAUAGCUAGCCAAACAUUUGGUCCUUGCUACCUAGACCGGCAAUCAAGUCGUGAUGAAGAUACUACGCCUGAAAAUUCACCUACCACCAUUAAUGAUGUCCCUAGUGUAAGCCUGGAACCUCCCAAUCGAUUAUAUAGCUCAAGUGAAGUUUCUUUGCCUAGUUUGAUAAAUAAGAGUCUGUCCUAUCACUAUUCGCCUGCUCCUUCGUUACUGUCACUGACCCCUUCCCUGAUUGGUCAGCAAAUUCCAAACACUUCACUUGCAACUUUGCAACCACAAUCGCAACUACAAUCACGACAACAAUAUCAACAAUAUUUUCCUGCAAAAUCUUUAAUAGAUGGGUAUCCCCACGUAAGUUCUACACUUUCUGAAUACUCGCUAGAGUCACGUUCAUAUCAAUCCCUGACCACUUCAUCACUUCCACCAAUUGCCAUUGGUCCUCCUCCCCCAAUCACUCAUAAUUACUCGCAACCAUUCCCUCGUCCUGCUACUCAACCGGUUGCUCAGUACUCACAACCAGUUCGCCAAUUGCCGGAGCCGAGACAAUAUCCAAUUGUAAUGGCUACUGGAAUUCCUUCAUUUACAAACAUUCAACAUAAUAAUGUUCAGACUCCAAACAAUCAGCCGACAUAUGUAAACUCGGGCUAUGAGUAUAGAACACAAUACGUACCUAUUCCUAGCAUUCCACAGUUGAAUUCUACACCUCCUUCACAGACUCAAUUGCCAGGUAGCCCUAUUGGGACAUUAGCACCUGUGGAUACCAGGCAUAUUUACUACUCAAACUUUAGUUCAGGGAUCAACAGGUACAACACUUUACAAUCUCGGAUCAAGGCAAAGGCGCCUGUUACCAAGAGAAAAACAAAGCAAUUAACUACAUGGACCCAAUCAGAAGACGAGUUAUUGAGAGGGCUCAAGGAGGUUCAAAAGUUAGGAUGGCGUGAGAUAUCUACAUUUUUCCAUGAACGUACACCAAAUGCAUGCGAGUUCAGAUGGCGUCGAAUCAUUCGUAGUCUUAAUACUACAACCAAUGCUGUUGGAAAGACAUCGCCAAAAACUAGGAAGUCGCCCAUGCUAAUCAAGUCCUCGAAGAAUCAAAUGACUGCAGUAACAAAUAUAGACUAUCUUUUGAAUUAA